GCUUAUUAAACUGGGGUUGAAGGCCAGUCCAGCUUGGUCCCCGGUCACCAGGCUAAUGGCCCUGUCAUUGGGAAGGACACUACCAGAAGCUGGACUCGAGACACAGUUUCUCUUCCACUGCUCCUUUUCUCUAAAGAAACCCUAGUAAGGACCAUGCUCCUGCUUCCAUUACUCCCUGUUCUUCUGUGUGUGGUGAGCGUGUCCUCAUCAGGGUCACAAACCUGUGAGGACACCCUGAAGACUUGCUCUGUGAUAGCCUGUGGCAGAGAUGGACCCAAAGGGGAGAAGGGAGAACCAGGUCAAGGGCUCAGGGGCUUGCAGGGCCCUCCAGGGAAAUUGGGGCCUCCAGGAAGUGUUGGAAGCCCUGGAAGUCCAGGACCAAAAGGCCAAAAGGGGGACCAUGGAGAUAAUAGAGCCAAUGAGGAGAAGCUGGCAAAUAUGGAGGCAGAGAUAAGGAUCCUGAAAUCAAAACUGGAGCUAACCAACAAGUUGCAUGCCUUCUCAAUGGGCAAACAGUCUGGGAAGAAGUUGUUUGUGACCAACCAUGAAAAGAUGCCCUUUUCCAAAGUGAAGUCUUUGUGCACAGGGCUCCAAGGCACUGUGGCUAUCCCCAGGAAUGCUGAAGAGAACAAGGCCAUUCAAGAAGUGGCCACAGGCAUUGCCUUCCUAGGCAUCACGGACGAGGUGACUGAAGGGCAAUUCAUGUAUGUGACAGGGGGGAGGCUCACCUACAGCAACUGGAAAAAGGAUGAGCCCAAUAACCAUGGCUCUGGGGAAGACUGUGUCAUUAUAUUAGAUAAUGGUUUGUGGAAUGACAUUUCCUGUCAAGCUUCCUUCAAGGCUGUCUGCGAGUUCCCAGCCUGAGGAAACGAGUGCCUCCAUCUUCUCCUUGCCUCCUCUCUGGACUCUCACUUGCUUCCAAAGAAAAUUCCAUACUUGUUUCUCAAGCCGAGCGUUAAGUGAUUCUUUUGAGGGGAGAGGAUAUAUUUGGUUGUGGCAUGAGGACAUGAACGGAAGCUGACCAUGUGGCACCAGGGUCUGGUUGAGCACAGAGCAAAGGUCACAUCCAUUUUGCUAGGAAUACAGCAAGGAAUCAUCUAUGGAGAACCUACAAUAAAUAGCUAUCCACCCCGCCUUCUCACCAAAGGAUCAAAGGUGGGCCAUACCUGUGCCCGAGUGGCAGCUGAUCUCAGCCAUAAAGCAUCCAAUUCCCUUUCUCCGUGAAUUGUCACUAAGAGGUAUCAAACUUGCCUGUUUGAAGCCAUCCUCUGUUUAUACGGUGUUCUUACCUCUUGUGUGUUUCUUUACAUGUAUCUAUGUUUGGUGGAGAAUGGAAGAGAGUUAACACUUCUGGAUACUUACUAUACCCCAGGCAUAGGCUAUCUAGGUCCUCUCUGUGACUGAGCUGUUGCUUUUAGGCUCCACAUACUGCCCCAGGAGCCCUCUGUCUACCUGACUGUAAAGAAGGACAGCAACCUUUGUGAGUAAACACACUCAGUCCUACAAACUCCCUGCCAAGUAAUGGUGUCCCCCCUUUACUCACUCUGUACCCUAAGAAUGAAAUGCUGCCUUUUCAUCCUUCACUGA